AUGCCUGAGAACACGCACAUUGCCCAUGCAUGGGCGAUAGAGGAGUUGAGGGGCGGGAACAACAAGGUCGCCCGCAAGCUGUUCAAACACGCGCUUGAGAUGGACAAGAAGGACGGCCUCAUCUAUCAGAGCUUUGCCAUGCUCGAGCAGCAAGAGGGAAACAUCGAGGCCGCACGGCGUCUGCUCAAGGAGGGGACGGAGGCUGAUCCCAACAACGUCUUCCUCUGGAGUGCCUGCGGAGUGUUCGAGUCGCGUCAGGCAAACUACGAGGAGGCAAGCAGGCACUUUGAGAAGGCCACGAGGCUGGGGCCCAUGCACUGUCCGAGCUGGCAAGCCUUCGGGGUUGUGCUUGAGAAGAUGGGGAAACACAAGGAGGCGGCAGAGAAGUUCGAGCAGGGGCUGCAGGUCGACCCCACGUCUGUCCCCACCUAUCAGGCUUAUGGGCUGAUGGAGGCGAGACGAGGGCGACAUGCCAAGGCUCGAGAGCUUUUUGAGAAGGGCGUGCGCAUCGACCCCGGGCAUGCUCCCAUCUUCCACGCCUGGGCCUGCAUGGAGGAAAGUCUGGGGAACUACGACACUGCACGCGACCUCUUCAACCAGGGGGUCGCCAGCGCCCCCUCGAGCGUCGCACUGCUUAAGGCAUGGGCGCUGAUGGAG